UCUCAAAGUCCCGUGGCGUUCCAGCUAUCGACGCCAUAGAGGUAGUUCUUCGUAGACAAUACAAACCUCAGCCCAUCCAUGACUAUCGACGCAGUCUCCCCGUUCCCUCUGGACUUCGCCAUCGCGACUCCACGCCUACAGAUCCAUCCGUUUGACCCUGAUAACCUCUCUCACUGCGAGUUCCUGGUCAAACUAUGGAACACGGAUGAUUUUAUCAACUCAUCUGGCCGAACCGGUAUCGACACCCCUGAAAAGGCGGCAGCCUUUAUCCGACGGCGCGUCCUAGCAGACUACGCUCGCAACCGACAUGGCCAGUUUCUCGUAUCAUUCGUCGAAGCCACCCAGACCCCUAAGCUUAUCGGCUGUGUGUCUCUCAUGAAGGGAUCUCCGCCUGGCCCGCAUUAUCUUGCUCCUGACAUUGGAUAUACAAUUCUAUCGGAGGAAAGUGGGAAAGGGUAUGCGACCGAGGCGUCCAAGGGGCUUCUUGAAUAUGCCGGUGUCGAACUAGGCAUCUAUGCUGCGUUUGGAUUCUGCGAUGCGACGAAUAUGCGGAGUCGUAGGGUCUUGGAGAAGAUUGGCAUGGACUAUCGAGGGGUAGCUGCAUUGUCGGUCUUUGGUGGAAAGGAGAGUGCCGUUUACACCCUUCGUGGGAUGGAUGAGGAUCUGUCUGUUUAUAAUCUCACAGAAGAUAUUCGCGUUGAAUGAAGUGAUAUCAAAAGACCCGAUCGACCUACAUGCAUG